CUCGAGGCUAUCUUGUUGACGAUCAAUGCUGAGAAUACCAUCAUUCCUCAAUUCAUGAAAAAUGGCUAUCGUGAAAAAGAUGAAGACUGGGAUGAAGAAGAUCGUCAAGCGGUCUGGAGUUGCUUCUACUCCUAUGAAGAAGGCCAUGAAGAAAAUUAUCAUCCGACGAAAGAAGAAAGUCGUAAGGAAAGCAGCUUCUUCUAAUAAGAAAGGAGGGGUGGAUGGUGGAGACACAGAUAUUGGUAGGACUGGAGCUGAAAAAGGUGAAGCAAAGCCUUCUGUCGAAAUGAGCCACACUGUGCAGGAGACGUCUGAUGUUGUCACCAACUCAGGAGCGAAGUCCUCCUCCAACAGGAAGAAGAAGGCAAAACAAACACAGCGGCAAUUGACGUGGAAGCCUGUGAAUCUCGGACAAGAAUUUCAGGCUCGUUGGAGCGAGAACGGAAAAGUGGAAUACGGUGAAAUGUUCGGCGUAGAAGUAGAGGAGCUCGACGCCGGAGAUUAUGAGGUAUUCUCAGGGUUGGAUGCGAAGGUGGCUGGGGCUACUGCAGGUGCAACGACGAAGAAGAAAGAGAAUGAGAAGAAGAAAGAGAAGAAGAACAACAAUAAGGAGACCAGCAAUGCAGAAGCAACCAUUACAAAUAGUACAAAGGCCGACUCAACAAAGAACACCAAUUCAUCCAAAGAAGCUGAUUCGAAAAAGCGGAAAACAACAGGC